UGGCGGCGGCAGCGGUGGCAGCGGACCAGGCGGCCCGGCCCGGAGCAGCCAGAGCAGCCGCUGGCAGGAGGAUGCCCCGAAGCGGGGAGCAGGGCGCCGAGCCUCGCCGGCUCCCGGGCUUGUAACCGCCCCAGCCGGACACCCCCUGACCUGCUCGGUCCGUGUCCCGCUGCGGCCCAGCCUGCCCCCCUCUCCCCGGGCCUGUCCCCCAUUUCCCCCAGCGGCCGGCCCUCCUAGUCCCAAGACUGUACUGAUUUCCCCUGUGGGGUCCAAUUCCCCCCUUCCUUGGCCUGCCCUCGCUUCAGUCCUCCCUGGCCAGCUGCCUUCUCUCCCUGUCGGACACCUCAUUUGGGUGACCUUAAUUCCUUCUCCCUGGGAACUUGGUUCGACACUAGCCGGUGCCUGGGUCCCUUCGCGCAGUCCUGAAAUGUGCUAUCUCUAGCAGCAGGGCAGAAGUCAGGGCAGCCCCUCGGAAGCAGCCUCCGGGUUCUGGAAGUCAUUUCUUCCUUGCUUCUCUAGUCUCAGGUUCCCCUUCCACCCUACCCCCAGAACAGUCUUAUUUGGACCCCGUUAGUCAGAAAGCAUCUGGUAGCUUGAAUUUCUGACUCGCUUAUGAUAUGUUGUUGGAGUCUUGGUGUAAACAAACUGGCUCUGGCGUUUGUCAGCAUUCUCUAGGUGACUUCCUCCCUUUCGCUGAGGCUUCUUGUUAUUUGCAGCUUUCUUUGGGUUCCGUGUUUAUUGUUGAGAGGAUUCUAAUUUUCUUUUUUAAAUGAAUUUCAUGUUCCAUUAUGGAACUGGUUUUAGACCUGUGGUUGAUCUGGGUCCUUUUUUUUUUUUUUUUUCUACACUCUUGUGUAUUUUUUAAAUGUUCAGUAGCCACAUAAGAUAAAUAUUUCACUUUUGACUUUAAAUAGUUCAGUGUGAGCCAGAACAGUAUGCUACAAAAAAAGAGUUUGUAUGUUCCAGUGUUCCUUAGGUAUGACAUUUUUGCCAUUUAAAUUGUAACUUUUCUCAGUCCUUCAGUGAAUCUACAGAGCUAUUUUCUCAGGAGUCCAGCCAGGCCUUACUUCAGCCAUAAAGUGGGAAGCCAGAAAGUUGCAACGGGCCCUGCCUUCGCCAGCAGGAGUUUUUCUUAUCUUGGUUUAGCUCCCAAUCUCCUCCUUGCCUUGUUUACAAGUGUAUUUUUCAGAACAUAUAUAAUUUAUGUGAAGUCUGGAAGAACACAUUCAAGACCCCAAACAGCCUGGGAAUAAGUCCAGGCUGGCUACAACAAACACAACUCAAGAUGUCUGGUAAAGGGAGCAGCACAGAUGGCAAAACAGACCUUGCGAAUGGAAGCUUAUCCAGCAGUCCAGAGGAAAUGUCUGGGACAGAAGAGGGGAGAGAAACAUCCUCAGGCAUCGAAGUCGAGGCUUCAGACCUAAGCCUGAGCCUAACUGGGGAUGAUGGGGGUGGCCCCAAUCGCACCAGCACAGAAAGCCGAGGCACAGACACAGAGAGCUCAGGGGAGGACAAGGACUCUGAUAGCAUGGAAGAUACUGGCCACUACUCCAUUAAUGAUGAAAACCGAGUACAUGACCGCUCAGAGGAGGAGGAAGAGGAGGAAGAAGAAGAGGAGGAAGAAGAGGAGCAGCAGCCCCGGCGCCGGGUUCAGCGCAAACGGGCCAAUCGUGAACAGGACUCAUCAGAUGAUGAACGAGCUCUUGAGGACUGGGUGGCUUCAGAGACAUCAGCUUUGCCCCGGCCCCGCUGGCAGGCCCUCCCAGCCCUGAGAGAGAGGGAGCUGGGCUCAAGUGCUCGUUUUGUGUAUGAAGCUUGUGGAGCAAGAGUCUUUGUGCAGCGAUUCCGCCUGCAGCAUGGGCUUGAGGGCCAUACUGGUUGUGUCAACACUCUGCACUUUAAUCAGCGUGGCACCUGGCUGGCCAGUGGCAGUGAUGACCUCAAGGUGGUGGUGUGGGAUUGGGUUCGGAGGCGACCUGUAUUGGACUUUGAGAGUGGUCACAAAAGCAAUGUCUUCCAGGCCAAGUUCCUUCCCAACAGUGGUGACUCAACUCUUGCCAUGUGUGCCCGUGAUGGGCAGGUGCGGGUAGCAGAGCUGUCCGCCACACAAUGUUGCAAGAACACCAAGCGUGUUGCCCAACACAAGGGAGCUUCUCAUAAGUUGGCCCUGGAGCCAGACUCUCCUUGUACUUUCCUAUCUGCUGGUGAAGAUGCAGUUGUCUUCACCAUUGACCUCCGGCAAGACCGACCAGCAUCGAAACUGGUGGUGACGAAGGAGAAGGAGAAGAAAGUUGGGCUAUAUACAAUCUACGUGAACCCCGCCAACACUCACCAAUUUGCAGUGGGUGGGCGAGAUCAAUUUGUGAGGAUUUAUGACCAGCGUAAAAUUGAUGAGAAUGAAAAUAAUGGUGUGCUGAAGAAAUUUUGUCCUCAUCACCUGGUAAACAGUGAGUCCAAAGCAAACAUCACCUGUCUUGUGUACAGCCAUGAUGGCACAGAGCUCCUUGCCAGUUACAAUGAUGAGGACAUUUAUCUCUUCAACUCUUCUCACAGCGAUGGUGCCCAGUACAUCAAGAGAUAUAAGGGACAUCGAAAUAAUGCUACAGUGAAAGGCGUCAAUUUCUAUGGCCCUAAGAGCGAAUUUGUGGUGAGCGGCAGCGACUGUGGGCACAUCUUCCUUUGGGAGAAAUCGUCCUGCCAGAUCAUCCAGUUCAUGGAAGGGGACAAGGGAGGCGUGGUGAACUGUCUAGAGCCCCACCCCCACCUGCCUGUGCUGGCUACUAGUGGUCUAGACCAUGAUGUCAAGAUCUGGGCACCUACAGCUGAGGCUUCCACGGAGCUAGCUGGCUUAAAAGAUGUGAUUAAGAAGAACAAACGGGAGCGGGAUGAGGACAGCCUGCACCACACUGACCUGUUUGACAGCCACAUGCUCUGGUUCCUCAUGCACCACCUGAGGCAAAGACGACAUCACCGGCGCUGGCGGGAGCCCGGGGUCGGGGCCACAGAUGGAGACUCAGAUGAGUCCCCCAGCUCCUCAGACACAUCGGACGAGGAGGAGGGCCCAGACCGGGUGCAGUGCAUGCCAUCCUGAGAGCCCUGAACUCCCUCGGGAGGGAUGAGUGGUAGGGAAGGGGAGGCAGCUGGGGCCAGCCUGCCAACCUGCUCUGCUUCUCAGGGGGCAUGAGGCUGCCCCUCUCCUGACCUACCCAAGGCCCUCACAUUCAGCAGCAUUGCACUUUGGACUUUUUGCUUUAGAAAAAGAAAGGCAUCCAAGGGGGAAGGACAGACCGGAGGAGGGAGACAAAGCAUUAAGAUGCACAAGGGGUGGGUGGGGGGUUGAGCCCAGAAAUAUGGUUCGUGGAGAGGUGCACGGGACUCUGCAAAAAUGGCCUCUCCCCAAAUCUUUUCUUUUUCUUAAUUUUUCUUUUCUUUCUUUCUUUCUUUUUUUUUUUUUAAGCCUGUUGUGUUAGUGUGUGUUUUUUGGGGGGUGGGGGUGGGGAGGGCAGUAUUACUUUUUCUCUUCCUUGUUUUUUGGGAGAAGGAGCCAAGGAAUCUUUGGCUGCUCAGUACCAUGAAGCCAGAGUGGGAUGGAGGGAUCACUCCUUCUCUGGUUUAGGUUUUUUGAUUUUUUUUCUUUUCUUUUCUUUUCUUUUCUUUUUUUUUUUUUAAAGCCUGGGAAAGUUGCAUUUUCUCCUCCUCUUCCCUUCACCUCCCAACCCCUCCAAUCCCUGCUUGUUCAGGGUAUUUCCACUCCUGCUAGGACUCCUGCCUCUGAGCCCCAACUAUCCCACUCACCUCUUCCCUUUUUGUCCUCCUUUACAUAUCACAGUGUUUUGCACUUGAUUUUGCCCCCUUCCUUCUCCUUUCAUCUUUCACCUCACCACCUAAAACAGGAUGGCAAAGAGGUGGGGGAGACGGAUGAGGAUGGGGGGGAGGGGGUGUGGAUAGGAAGGAUGUUAACUUUUCUGUUAUUUUUAAGGAAAUGUAUGUUUGGCGGCGGUAAUGUCCCUUUCCCUAUCACUGUUAGAGGCCUAAUUUUAUAUCUAUAAAUAUAUUAAAAAGCAAAUCAAACUUG